AUGCACAUCCCACAUCCCCACAUCCCCACAUCCCGCAUCCCACAUCCCCGCAUCCCACAUCACCACAUCCCACAUCCCCACAUCCUACAUCCCACAUCCCCACAUCCUACAUCCCCCAUAUCCUACAUCCCCCAUAUCCCCACAUCCUACAUCCCCCAUAUCCCCACAUCCCACAUCCCCACAUCCCACAUCCCCACAUCUCCACAUCCCACAUCCUAUAUCCCCAAUAUCCCCACAUCCCGCAUCCCAUAUCUCCACAUCCCCCAUCCCCACAUCCCCACAUUCCACAUCCCACAUCCUCACAUCCCCGCAUCCCACAUCCUACACCUCACAUCCCCACAUCCUGCAUCCCACAUCCCCGCAUCCCCGCAUUCCUCAUCCCCACAUCCCGCAUCCCACAUCACCACAUCCCACAUCCCCACAUCCUACAUCCCCAAUAUCCCCACAUCCCACAUCCCCACAUCCCACAUCCCUCAUCCCACAUCCCCACAUCCCCACAGCCUCACAUCCCCCAUCCCACAUCCCCACAUCCUACAUCCCCAAUAUCCCCACAUCCCACAUCCCCACAUCCCACAUCACCACAUCCCCACAUCACCACAUCCCACAUCCCACACCCCACAUCCCCACAUCCCACAUCUCUACAUCCUACAUCGUCACAUCCCACAUCCCCAAUAUCCCCACAUCACCACAUCCCUGCAUCCCACAUCCCACAUCCUACAUCCCCACAUCCUUACAUCCCCAAUAUACCCACAUCCCUGCAUCCCCACAUCCCACAUCUCCACAUCCCACAUCUCCAUAUCCUACAUCCUCACAUCCCACAUCCCCAAUAUCCCCACAUCCCUGCAUCCCCACAUCCCACAUCCCACAUCCUACAUCCCCACAUCCUUACAUCCCCAAUAUCCCCACAUCCCUGCAUCCCCACAUCCCACAUUCCACAUCCCCAAUAUCCCCACAUCCCUGUAUCCCCAUAUCCCGCAUCCCACAUCCCACAUCCCCACAUCCUAUAUCCCCCAUAUCCCCACAUCCCACAUGCCAUAUCUCCACAUCCCACAUCCCCACAUCCCUCAUCCCACAUCCCAACAGCCUCACAUCCCACAUCACCACAUCUCCACAUCUCCACAUCCCACAUCCCCACAUCCCUGCAUCCCCACAUUCCACAUCCCACAUCCUACAUCCCCACAUCUCUGCAUCCCCACAUCCCACAUCCCCGCAUCCCACAGCCCACAUCCCCUCAUCCUACAUCCCAUAUCCCACAUCUUCACAUCCCAAUCCCCACAUCCCACACCUUACACCCCACAUCCCACAACUUACAUCUCACAUCCCCACAUCCCACAACCCACAUCCCAUAUCACCACAUCCCACAACCUCAAUAUCCCCACAUCCCACACCCCACAUCCUCACAUCCCUCAAUCCACAUCCCAUAUCACCACAUCCCACAACCCCAAUAUCCUCACAUCCCUGCAUCCCACAUCCCUGCAUCCCCACAUCCCUGCACCCCACAUCCCCGCAUCUCCACAUCCCCACAUCCCCACAUCCCACAUCCCCACAUCCCACAUCCCUACAUCCCACCUCCCACAUCCCUACAUCCCACCUCCCCACAUCCCUACAUCCCACAUCCCUACAUCCCACAUCCUUGCAUCCCACAUCCCUGCAUCCCACAUCCCCGCAUCCCACAUCCCUGCAUCCCACAUUCCCACACCCCAGGUCCUACAUCCCCGCAUCCCCGUGUCCCCGCAUCCCCACAUCCCCGCAUCCCACAACCCACAUCCCACAUCCCUACAUCCCACCUCCCACAUCCCCAUAUCCCCACAUCCUACCUCCCCACAUCCCACCUCCCCACAUCCCCACAUCCCACAUCCCUACAUCCCACCUCCCACAUCCCCAUAUCCCCACAUCCUACCUCCUCACAUCCCACCUCCCCACAUCCCCACAUCCCCGCAUCCCACCUCCCUACAUCCCACCUCCCACAUCCCCAUAUCCCUACAUCCCACCUCCCCACAUCUCUACAUCCCAUAUCCCACCUCCCUGCAUCCCCACAUUUCACAUCCCACACCCCCACAUCCCGCAUCUCUACAUCCCACAUUCCCACAUCCCACAUCCCCAAUAUCCUGGCAUCCGCAUCCAGGCUCCCAGCAGGAAUACAGGAGCCUUUCCAUGUUAAUGUGUCGAAUUAGUAGCACAGUAGCUAAGGCCCAUGUCAGCCUAGUCACUGGGUUUGCCCAAACCAGUAGAUUUAUUUAG